AUGUCUGCACGUCCAGUUAUUAUCCGAUGCGUGCUUGAAGUAAUUAUAGGUCCUGUUUUCACAAACGCAGAUCUUACAAAAUAUGCGAUAGAUAUAGGUGACAAUAUAACAAUUCCAUGCGGUGAAAAAUUGGUGCCUUUUUCUGAUGAUGACGAUGGAAAUUCUCCAGAGUUUAUGUGGCUGCAUGAAGGACGCCAUGAACGACAGAUAUCACGACUUGCAAUACAACCAAAUAAUGGUACAUUAAUAUUAACCGAAGUGAAUCGUAAUGACUCGGGUAUCUAUUCGUGUUAUAUUAAUGGACCUGAUGGUGAAUAUAUCCGUCAAAAAGUCCAUCUUUUUGUUCGAACACCACCUCCACCCCUACCCAAUGUAACUGUAGCCCCAAGUACGAUUCUAGCCGUUAUUCUUUGGGAAGUAAAAGAGGAUGGCGGUUAUCCCAUCAUUGAUUUUACUGCCGAAUUCCGACUUGCACACUCAAAUGACUCAUGGACACCGAUUUCACCGAAUCAUAUUCCGCCUAAUUUGAGACAAAUUGAUGUCUAUAGAUUAGAGCCAAAUACUACAUACGCUUUUAGAGUAUGGGCAACGAAUCAAUUAGGUUCUGGUGAACCGGUAGAAGUUCAUGCAAAAACAUUGCAUCAUAUGGAAGAAAUUGAACUAGCUCGUCAUUUAUUAGCGGGUGCUGAAAAUUUUGAUACUCGAGUUUGGGUGGCAGCUGUUGCAAUUGUAAUGGGUACACUAGUUAUACUUACAAUUGGUGUAUGUUAUCUACUAUAUAUUGAAUCACGUUCCCCUGUUGUUUCCAACGACGAACAAGAAAUUAUCGAAUUGGUUCCAAAUAUCAUACUCAAUCCUGGUUUUGACGACGAUCGUAUGCCAUUGGGAAUAAUUCGUGCCGAUGAAAACUGCAAUAGCGAAACAACACUUCGACUCAACAAUAACACAGUUAUUCAACCACGACGUUUGUAGGAGAGGCUAAAAUUUUUAAACACACAAAUAAUUGCACAUGAGAGAUUAAACCCAGCGUAUUUAUAUGAAACCAAAUAUCGAUAUUUGAGAGUAAAAUUUUGUGAUCCUGAACAAAUAUGAAUAGGUAAUUUUAUUUGAUCGACUUCACAACUUAUUUUUUAUAUUGUUAGGGAAAGGCCAAUUACAAACAAAAAGCAGGCAAGCCAAAUGGCAAUCAGCUGUAAGCCGAAGUGUUCCUAAUGGAAAAGAAAUGAAAAAUAAAAUCACGUCUCGAGAAAGACAUUUAAGCUGUUUCUUCCAGUUGAAUAAAGAAUUUCUGCUCGGCUUGUCUGAUCUAUCGUAUUAUACCGAUUAUCAAUGAUGACCAUAUUUGUUUUCAUAUAUUGACGCUAUUAGUGCUUCAAGAUAAAAAAAAUAGAUGCUUCCAAAUGACAACUAAAUAAUAACAUAAUAAAAAAAAUUUUAUUAUUUCACAAAUAAAAACACAUAAC